AUGUACGCUAAACAUUUCGGUUUAUGCUACCCAUGUGCACGUUUUCGCUCCGCCAAAAAAAAAGUACUAAAAAAUAGGCUGCGUCUCAAAACCUAGUGAGGUCCCUGUCUAGGAAGCGUUUUUAAAAAAGUAACGAUGUUUUGUAUGUAACAUUAGGCAGUUUAACGUGCUAUGCUUGAGCUCUCGGAUACCGGGUGUUGUUGUUGACAGUAACCGGCUGCAGCCGGUUCAGACCGUGUUGAUUUUUGCUUCCUCCACUCAAACAGUUGAGCUUCAUCAAACGUGGUGAAAGCUUCUGUUCAGCUCUCAAGAUCGUGUUUAGAUUCAAGGAUCUGCCAUAACAUCAUUUCACUCUCCAAUAUUGCACCCAGCAGUAUUAGAAAAUAUGUGUGUUGAUGUUUACGGCGUGUUCAAAAUACAUGUAUAAUGUAACGGAUUCUAAAAGUGCACAGCAGUUCUACAGUCAGGUCACUUCGUUCUCUUCUCCAUCUGCCUGAGUGUCAGUCAUGGACAGCACUAAAGUCACUCUGACAGUCAGAGGGACCACAGCAGUCGGUGAGGUGAUUGCAGUGGUUGGCAGCUGUGAAACCCUGGGCAGCUGGUGUCAUCAAAGAGCCGUGACCCUACAGCCAGCAGAGGAGGAUGGCACCCUGUGGAGAGCAAGCAUUCAGGUUCCUAAAGGGGGUGAAACCAAAUAUCGCUAUUUCAAGGGAUUCAUUUUGGAAUCUAAGAAUGCAGGUGGGCCAUGUCAAGUCAUAGUCAGUAGAUGGGAGACCCAUCAGCUGCCACGCUCAUUGAGUCCCUCAGAACCAGAGCUUGUGAUCGACGAUGGACAUUUUGGAAUCCAUAGUGGGAUUGAGUGUGUGGACUCUGGUUGGUUGACGUGCCAGACAGAAAUUCGUCUCAGGCUUCAUUACUCUGUGAAACCUCCAGUAUCUAUUACUAAGAAAAAAUUUAAGAAAUCACGCUUCAGAUUGAAGCUGACGCUGGAUGGUUUUGAGGAGGACGAAGAGGAAAGCCCUUCACCACGGCAUAAGAUAUCGACUACGCUGGAGAUCAGUAUGAUCAGUGACAGCGGAUAUAAGUCUCGUCAUUCCCAGCCAGAAUGUGGAUACGCCCUUGAACCCUCGCAGUGGAUUGAAUACAUUAUUCACACCAUGGACCCCGACAACCUAGAGCUCACCUUUGAGUUCUUUGAGGAGGACCUGAGUGAGGCCGUGGUUCAGGGUGAUGUCCAUCCAGGCCACGUGGGCAUCGCAUGCCUCUUGUCAUCUACUUUUGUGGAGAGUGGUAAUGAUCAGGGUGUGGUCACACUACCCAUCAUGAGCCGAAAUGCCAGACAGACAAUUGGAAAAGUUAGAGUGGAUUACUUGGUGACACGUCCUAUCCAAGGCUUCCAGUGUGACAUGAGGCAGUCUUUUACCAAAUACUGGAAGAAAAGGAGCGCUUUGGAUGUUGGACACAGAGGAGCAGGAAGCACUCUUGCUCCCAAACAUCACAAGAUCAGGGAAAACACAAUUGCCUCAUUUCUAAGUGCGGCCAACCAUGGAGCUGCUUAUGUAGAGUUUGAUGUUCAUCUCUCUAAAGAUUUAGUUCCAAUUGUGUACCACGAUCUCACCUGCUGCAUUUCUAUUAAAAAGAAAACUGACAAGAACUCAAUGGUAUUGUUUGAAGUUCCUGUCAAGGAUCUUACGUUUGAUCAACUUCAGCUUUUAAAACUCGUCCACACAACUGCCUUGGAAGUUCAUGACCACAAAGAAUUGCAAGAUGAAGAAGAGUUUAUAGAUGAGCACCAGCCUUUCCCUUCCCUUUCACAGAUAUUCCAGGCUGUUCCAGAUCACGUGGGAUUCAACAUUGAGCUGAAGUGGAUUUCUCAGUUCAAGGAUGGCUCCUGGGAUGCUAAACUCUCCACCUACUUUAACAUGAACCAGUUCUUGGACAUUAUCCUCACCUGUGUACUGCAGAACGCUGGCAAAAGGAGAAUAGUCUUCUCAUGUUUUGAUCCAGAUGUUUGCACAAUGGUGAGGCAAAAACAGAACAAAUACCCCAUCCUUUUCCUGACCCAAGGAGUGACAGACCUAUACCCUGAAUUCAUGGACAUCCGCUGUAAGACCACUAAGAUCGCCAUGAGCUUUGCUCAGAGUGAAAACAUACUGGGAAUCAGUGCACACACUGAUGAGCUCUUGAGAAACAUGGAAUUCAUCAGAGAGGCUCAGUCUAAAGGUUUGGUGGUCUUCUGUUGGGGCGACUAUAACAAUGACCAUGAGAACAGGAUGAAGUUGAGGGAACAGGGCAUCGAUGGCCUCAUAUACGACAGUAAAACCCUCAAGACCUGCUUAGAGAAACUCUGUUGCUGUUUGUUGAAAUUUAAAGGAACAAUUCCCCCAAAAAUUAAAAUUCUGUCAACAUGUACUUACCACUGCUCAUUCCGAACCUGUAGGAUUUUAUUGUUUUGUUUAGUUUUAGUUUUUCAUUUAUUUUGUGAUAAUUAUUUUCUUAGCAAUUUUGAAUUAAUUUUUAAAUCAAUAUUUUUCAUAUAUAUAUAUAUAUAUAUAUAUACACACACACACACACACACACACACACACACACACACACACAAACACAGACACACACAAUACUUAAAUAUGUACUUUCAAUACAUGUAUACAGUAGUUAUAUAUAGGGAUGUAACGAUUCACCGCGAUACGGUACAUCCGGUGGCGGUGGCCAGGACACGCAAUUCUUCUGUUGUUUUUGUUUGUUUGUUCUGUUUUUUUGUCAUUCUUCUUCUAUAAGUUUUACCAGGGACGAACUCCUUAACGUUAGGCAUCACAUCCCAGACAAUUUUUUUCCGGGUUUUGAUUAUUCAGACAUUUUGUUGGACAUUCUAGUCGGAAGUUCAACUGUGUUGUUCGUACAGACGCAGAAGAGGAAAAUGCAACAAAACGGAUGAAUUUCUUCUUCUCACCCGCACCAAUAAGGACUUUCUGAACUCUGCUGCACUGUGCUUCACUGAAUCCUGGCUGAGUGAAGCCAUUCCAGACAACACGCUUCAUCUGCCGGCUAUCAGCUGUUCAGAGCAGAUCACAUCGCGGAGUUAACGGGGAAAACGAGAGGUGGUGGAUUGUGGUUCUACAUCAAUGAAAAAGGUAUGCUGUCCUAACUUACAGGAACUCAUCAUAACCUGUAAACCUUUUUACUCACCGCGGGAGUUUUCCUCUUUCAUUCUCAUGAAUGUGUACGUGCCUCCGGACGUGUGCGUGAGCGCCGCGAUGCAACAGCUGGCAGAACAAAUAACUGAAAUGGAGCAAAGAUUCCCAGACUCAAUUUGAAUAAUUCUUGUACAUUUUAACAAAUCAAAUCUCUCCCGUGAAUUGCCAAAAUACAAGCAGCACAUUACUAUCCAACCAGGGACAGUAAUAUAUUGGAUCACUGUUACACAGCAAUAAAGGAUGCAUAUCACUCUGUCCCACAAGCAGCUUUUGGGCUCUCUGAUCACUGUUUGGUACAUCUUAUACCGACCUACAGGCAGAAAUUGGAAUCAGCUAAACCUGUAUUAAGGACUUUUAAAAGAUGGACUAAUGAAGCAGAGAGUGAUUUACAAGCUUCUUUUAACCUCACUGAUUGUAGUGUUUUUGAAGCUGCAGUCACCGAUCUUUACGAGCUCACAGAGACUGUAACUUCAUAUAUCAUUUUCUGUGAAGAUAUUUGCAUUCGUACCAGGACAUUCUUAUCAUUUAAUAAUAAUAAACCGUGGUUUAUUGGGAAACUCAAACAACUUUGUCACGCCAAAGAGGAUGCUUACAGAAGUGGGGAUAAAAUAUUGUAUAUCCAGGCCAGGAACAGGCUAAUAAAAGGAGAUCCGAGUGGGUAAAAGAAACUACUCAGGAAAGCUGAGAAAAGAGCUGUCAGCAAACAAACCAGUGUCAGUAUGGACUGGUCUGAGCAACAUCACCAUGUACAAAACACCUCCCCCACAGUCUGGAGAAUGGACAACUGGCUCACGAUCUGAAUGUCUUUACUGCAGAUCUGAAAAGGAUAGUCUACCACCCCCCAUCGACUCUGAUCUCCAUUUCACACAUUCACUUACCACCCCUGCAACCCUCCUCCAUCCUUCCCGCACAAUUCAACCUGUGCUUAAUGUCUGUGUAGAGGACGUGAACCGGCACUUCAGGAAGCAGAAAUCUAGAAAAGCUUCAGGCUUUCCUGACAGACAGGCAGCAGCUAGUGAGAUUGGGCAAACUCACAUCCAUUACUAUCACCAUCAGCGCCGGCACCCCCCAGCGAUGUGUUCUCUCCCCACUGCUCUUCUCUCUCUACACAAAUGACACUUCAAAUGACCCCUCUGUCAAGCUCCAGAAGUUCGCAGAUGACAGUGGGACACUCACAUAGACUCAGAGGUUGUACUUCCUUCGCCAGCUGAGGAAAUUCAACCUACCACAGGAGCUGCUGAAACAGUUCUACUCUGCCAACUAGGCAGUCAUGUGUUAAUCCAUAACUGUCUGGUUUGGUUCAGUUACCAAAUCAGGCAUCAAGAGACUACAACAGACAGACAGGACUGCUGAAAGGAUCAUUGGAGCCCCUCUGCCCAGGUUCUAAGAUCUUUACAUCUCCAGAGUGAGGAAAAUGGCCAAAAAUUACCUUGGACCCAUCACACCCAGCCCACUCUCUUUUGCAACUGUUGCCUUCUGGUCAGCGCUACAGAGCACUGACCACCAGAACAGCCAGGCACAAAAACAGUUUUUUUCCCACAGGCUUUAUUCAACCUGAACAAGGUUGAAUAAACAACGUCCAUCACAGCUAACAUAGUUAUCUGACAUAUUUAUAUUAAACUGCACACUUUGUAAAUAACAUAUCUGCACACUAAUAACAUACCUGUUCAUUUAUCUAAACAAUUAUCUUUUUUCUUCCCUAUACUUUUGUUUCUGUAUGUAUAGUACAUUAUUUAAAAAAAAUAUAUUCCUUUUUUAAUUUUUUAUAAAUAUUAGUGUUAUAUUACAUCCCGACUUUGUUAUUCCUGUUUAUGUCUGCACUAUGUUGUAUUUUCUUCUACACUAGAAGCUCCUGUCAUCAAGUCAAUUCUUUGUGUGUGUUAACAUAUUUGGUAAUAAAGCUCUUCUGAUACAGAUUCUGAUCCGGAUGAAAAUCAGUACAAAUAUGUGAUGAUUCAAAUCAGUUGAGAUGUUACACGAAUGGCGAUACAUUUGGGGAUGAGUUUUUUGAAUGUAUCUCUGAGGGCAACUGACUGUCUUUAUAAAUCUUUAGAUGAUGUUUUCUAUUCAUCUCGUCUCUGUAUAAUUCUUAUUAAUGUCCCCAUGAAAUCAAAAUGAAAGCUUUUUGGGUGUUAGUAUCAAUAUGUUAGUCUUAAGGUUAUAUGUUAGGGAGUGUGCCUCAAAACUGACAAAAUUCACAUUUUGAAGAUAUAAGCAUUCAAAGCUUGCAGUUCAUCUAUUCUGCCAAAAUGACUCAACGAAUGGUUAGACGUCACAUCGCACUUCAUCUUCUCAUCAUAGCUUCUGACCAAUCAAAUGCUCUCUAGAAUCUGAAGUGCCCGCCUCCUGCACUAUAACUAUAGACACUGAAGCACCUGCUGAGAUCAGUCACUUGUUCACAGUGUAGUAUGUCCUGUACAGUGAAUGCCUCGUAGUGCACAAUGUAGGUGAUUGGGAAUGAUUCAGACAGUGUACCGUAUUUUCCGUACUAUAAGUCACACUUUUUUCAUAGUUUGGCUGGUACUGCGACUUAUAGUCAGGUGUGACUUAUUUAUCAAAAUUAAUUUGACAUGAACUGAGAGAAAUUAACCAAGAGAAAACAUUACCGUCUACAGCCGCGAGAGGUCGCUUUAUGCUGCACAGUGCUCCUGUAGCCUACCACUGAGCAGUAUAGAGCGCCCUCUCGUGGCUGUAGACGGUAAUGUUUUCUCUUGAUUCUUGGUUCUAAAUAAAUGCGACUUAUAGCCCAGUGCGACUUAUGUUUUUUUCCUCAUCAUGACGUAUUUUUGGACUGAUGCGACUUAUACUCAGGUGCGACUUAUAGUCCAAAAAAUACGGUAAAUAUGCUUUAGAUUGGUGCAAAUGAGGUCUGGCUUCACGUUGUUUCACGCGAACUGUGGCAGCACACACCCAGACUUUUCUUGACUAUAACCCAGAGACGUGAUCGAAAACAGAGCGGAUCAUUUACACGAGUCAGCUUUUAUUAAAAACUUUAACAACUACACAACCUCAGCAUGUUUAUGAUCACUAUUUAGUUCUACUAAAAGUUUCAUAUUGCAUCUAGGGAGUAAUCUAUUAGACCGUGGCUGUCAAAUGCGGCUUUACCAAGCUCAAUGUCUCUUGGCUGAGGACAGCACACAUAAUCAAAAUGCCAAUGGCUAUUUUAAAAAGGGAGCGGGGAUGCUCAGUAUGUCCUGUCCUCUCUUCCUGUUUCAGUUGAAAUUAAGUCACCACAUAGAAUAAUGCUCUGUGUUUUAAGGCACUUUAGGGGACCUUUAAAGCAGCGUUCAUAAAAAGGCCCUGAUAUACUUCAAACAAAAGGGGGGAAACAAACUGAUAUGACAUAAUUUCGAACAAAAUUUGGCAGAAACAAAGUUUGUUUUGAGUUCGUUUUGGCAGUUUGAAACACCUGACCAAAGCAAACUUUCUGGAGGAGUUCGUUUUGGCUCCUAAAUAUCUUUAUCUGAGAUUCCAAUGGUCCAUGGUGGUUAUGCAAUCGGUAGCAGUGUUCUGAAACUCCACUUUCUUUGACAUGCAAAUUUUUCGGUUCGUUUCUCAUUCAACGGAGGUCAGGCAAGAGAGAACAAUAUCUCCGGCCUAGUCACUAGCAACAAGAAUACACUGGAGUGUCGAAUAGCUGAGCUGGCACAAAUACAUCCGCACCUGUACAAUUGCUCGCGGAGAGACUUUAAAGAUUCAGAGAAAGCAUUUAAUUGCAGCGGAGCUUGCAAAGAAAUUGCAGCGGAGCUUGGUGUCAACAACCAGGAGUUAUGCAAAAAGCGACGUAGAGAACCAUCCGAGACAAGAUUUCCAAAGCCAUGAAAAGAAUGAAAGGAAAGAGAUUAGCAAGUACCAAAUACAUGUUUCAAAUAAAAAUUACUCCACAGUGCAGUUGCUGUUGUUUUUCUAAGCAAAUUUAAAGAGUAUACAAUAGAUUAAAUGCCAAACAAACAUACAAUAAAAAAAACUUUUUUUAUCAUAAGUAAAUCAUGACACCACAUAAAAUAUAAAAAGGUGUAACAAUUUAUCCAGUUUAAUUAAAUAAAUUAACACUAAUAAAAUAAAGUAACAAACUGACUCCAAUAUAUAAUUUUCCACAUCAUGCAAAAAAUGUUGGUAUUCUGACCAUUGGGGCCAAUCGUACACCUAGAUUGCUUGUUUAGGGCAUAUGCACAAGCAUCAGAAAACAUUAAUCUACACCCCACUUCUAGCAGCACGGAGAUGUCGGAAUGUUCGAAAACAGUAUACCAGUGCUCAGCCUUUUUGAACAUCUUUUUGCCCCCAAAUGAAGAACGAAAAUUAACUUUGUUUGAAGUAAAGCGGAGCCUUUUAGGCGCAGCGCUGCUUUGUUUACAGUGGUAACCAAGGAAACGCUGUAUCUGCUGUUCCAUAAGUGCCACCUGCUGUCAGAGAGCAUCUCAUUCAGCGCUUUUGCUCUUUGUUCUGUGCAGAUGUUUCACGUAGUGAAGUUUCACAAAAAUAAAAUCAGAGCAGUCUGGUUUUGUUUUAAAAUGUCAAAUUAUGCAAUCUAAUUUAGAUU